UGCGCAUGUGCGAAGGUGUCCGGAUUGACAAUGCUGGAGAGAUAGCGUGUCUGGGAUCGAGAAAAAAAAAGCGCACAGUAGAGAGGGGAAAACGGGAAAAAAGAAGAAAAGGGGAUCGGAGAAAAAAAUUCAAACAAACCCACACCGAGAGACUGGCACCAUGAGAUCCAAAGGCAGGGCACGGAAACUGGCCACAAAUGAUGAAGAUGACAAGUAUGCUUGCCAUCCUGUUGACAUCUUAGAAGAUACUUGUGGCUCAGAUGGAGAUCCUGCACAGUCCUCAGGCCCAGCAGAGGAUCCAACGUCCCCGUCGCUGUCUGAAGAUGAAGUGUCACCUCAUAGACCUGCGUCCCUCCAUCACCACCAACAACAACCAAACACAUUUUUAAGCCAAGACAACCUGACCAUUCCGCUGGACUUUGAAUUGCAACAGUCAGCUGUUGGAAAUGGUGCUGUGGGCAUCUGGAGUCGCAGGAGCCUUUAUAUCGGCGAACGCUUUGGACCGUACCUCGGCGAGCAAACGCCCUCUCUCAAAGACCCCACUCAAGGCUGGCAGAUCUUGGACGGGUCAGGCCAUGUGAAAUAUUGUGUUGAUGCCAGUAAACCAGAUAUCGGGAGCUGGCUGAAGUACAUCCAGUUUGCACCCACUGCCAAGCAGCACAACCUGAGAGCCUGCCAGAUAGAUGAUCAGAUCUUCUACAAAGUCACCCGAGAUAUUUUCCCCGGUGAGGAGCUUCUACUUUUCAUGAAGGCAGAAGACUUUUCAUGCGAUACUUCCAUGGCUCCUGAUAUUCAUGAGGAGAGGCAGUACCGCUGUGAAGACUGUGACCAGCACUUUGAGUCCCGCAGCCAACUGCUGGACCACCAGAUGCAGCAGUGCGGGAUGCCCCCGUCCUCCUUCCUUGAUGCAGGUGUCACACAUCUUGUAUGUCCAGGAGAGGACAGUGACAUCAACGCCCAGGAACCUCAAGACCUGCGACCCCUUCACAGGUCUCAUGACUUUCAUGAGUGUAAAGAGUGUGAACAGGUCUUCCCAGAUCUCCAAAGCCUGGAGGCUCACACACUGUCCCACUCUGAGGAGAGAGAAUAUAAGUGCGACCAAUGUCCCAAGGCCUUCAACUGGAAAUCAAACCUGAUCCGACAUCAGAUGUCACAUGACGGUGGCAAGCACCAUGAAUGUGAAAACUGCUCAAAGCAGGUGUUCACAGAUCCUAGUAACCUGCAGAGGCACAUCCGCUCGCAGCACGUCGGGGCACGGGCCCACGCCUGCUCCGACUGCGGCAAGACGUUUGCAACGUCUUCGGGUUUGAAGCAGCAUAAGCACAUCCACAGCAGUGUCAAGCCCUUCAUGUGUAAGUCACUAAGACCCUACCUAUGCGAGGUAUGCCACAAGUCCUACACCCAGUUCUCCAACCUGUGCCGCCACAAACGCAUGCAUGCCGACUGCAGAACGCAGAUAAAGUGCAAGGACUGUGGGCAGAUGUUCAGCACCACCUCGUCCCUGAACAAGCACCGACGUUUCUGCGAGGGAAAGAACCAUUUCACGACAGGAGGAAUGUUUGCUCAAAGUAUGCCACUCCCCGGUGCUCCUGGUUUGGACAAAUCAGCUUUGGCCAUGGGCCACAGCAGCGCUGGACUGGCUGAUUACUUCGGAGCUAGCCGCCAUCAUGGCGGGCUUACUUUCCCUGCUGCACCUGCUUUCCCAUUCAGCUUCCCUGGCCUUUUCCCUUCUGGAAUCUACCAUCGUCCACCACUCAUCCCAGCCACUUCUUCCCCGGUUAGGCAACCAGCUCACGUUGCUGUUGGUGGGCAUGGUGCAGAGCUAAGUAGGAAUCCACUGCUACCUCCAAGCCCCGGAGCUCAAGAGUCCAGAGAACUCCUUAAGGCGCUUCGGAAAGACAACGGCGGUCCUGAUAAUACUUCAAACCUACACAACCAGAGCUCGUUGUCCUCCACGAAGCAACGCCACAAGCAAAGCGACCAAUCGGAAAGCAGUGAUCUGGAUGAUGUCAGCACACCCAGUGGAAGCGAUCUUGAGAGUAUGUCAAGCUCUGAGCUUGAAAGUGAUAUGGACAGCGAGAUGCGGCAAAAUGGCAAAAGCCUCAAAAGGAAGGCUAACGAUGGAAGUCCACAAAGUCUGAGCCUGACAGGUGCUGAUAAAAACUUUGCCGGACCUUCUCUUAUCCCUUCCUCAAUGGACGAGCACACAGCCGUUACAGGGGCUGUCAAUGACUCUAUUAAGGCCAUUGCCUCCAUAGCUGAGAAGUAUUUUGGCUCUACAGGCCUAGCUGGCCUGCAGGACAAAAAAGUCGGGUCACUGCCCUAUCCCUCCAUGUUCCCUUUACCUUUCUUCACAACUUUCUCUCCACCAGUGUAUCCUGUUCAAGACAGGGGUGUCAGAUCUCAAACGCUGAGGGGUGAGCCGCAGUUGCAGGCAGAUGAUUGCAAAAAGGCUCAGAGCAAAUCAGAGUCACCAUUUGACCUCACCACCAAACGAAAGGAGGAGAAAUCUACCCCGUUUGAGCCUUCCAAAGUAGAAGCCUCACACUUGACCAGUCAGGAUCAGCCUUUGGACCUCAGUUUAGGGAGCAGGGGGCGUGGAUGCAGUGCAAGAGAAGAAGAGAAAAAAAUGAACGAGGGGCUUCAAGAUGACAAAGCUGUCAUGGAAACACCAAAACCUGACACUUCAUUGCAACAUGCAAGGCCAACUCCUUUCUUCAUGGAUCCCAUCUACAGCAGGGUUGAGAAGGGGAGAAUGAGUGAUCCAUUUGAGACGCUGAAAGACAAAUACAUGCGGCCGGCUCCUGGCUUCCUCUUCCAUCCUCAGUUCCGUUUGCCAGAUCAGAGCUCUUGGAUGUCAGCUAUUGAGAACAUGGCUGAGAAGCUGGAAACUUUAGGCUCCUUGAAGCCAGAGUCAGGUGAUCUGCUACGUUCUGUCCCCUCCAUGUUUGACUUCAGAGCUCCGCCCUCAACGCUUCCAGAGACACUUCUACGCAAGGGAAAGGAGCGAUAUACUUGCAGAUAUUGCGGGAAAAUCUUCCCACGUUCUGCCAACUUGACGCGCCACCUUAGGACUCACACAGGGGAGCAACCGUAUAGGUGUAAAUACUGCGACCGCUCCUUCAGCAUCUCCUCCAACCUGCAACGCCACAUUCGCAACAUCCACAACAAGGAGAAGCCCUUUAAGUGUCACUUGUGCGAUCGAUGCUUUGGUCAGCAAACCAACUUGGAUCGUCACCUCAAGAAGCACGAGAAUGGUAACCUGUCAGGCACUGCAAUGUCUUCCCCGCAGUCUGAACUUGAUGGUAGCAACGCCCUAUUGGACGACAAAGAAGACUCUUACUUCAAUGAAAUCAGAAAUUUCAUCGGCAACACAGGCCAAAGCCAAACGUCACCGGACCCCUCUGAAGAAGGUGUCAAUGGCAACCCAUUUGAAGAAGAUAAGACUCUACUGAUGGCCAGGCACGGGUCACAUGACUUAGAAGAUGAGGACGCAGAGGAGCUUGCUGCUGAUGAAGAUGGGGAAGACCCAAGCAACACCCUGAAUAAACCCCAAGAGGAGAUGCCUACUAGCAACAUUAGCGACGACAUCAUACAAGAUGGAAUGGACUUCAGUCGAACAAAUGACUUGAGCCAGAGCUGUAAAAUAUCUCCGAGGAGUUAUAAGGACGAGGAAGAGCCGAGCGGCUACUCCGCUUUGGAUCAGAUCCGUCACUUUUCAGACAUCCAUAAGCUUGAGGAGAGCGAGUUGAGCGAUGGGGAAGGUGAUGAAGACGAGCAAUCGUUUGCGCCUGCCUCGCUGAAUGAUGCAGUCAAACAGCCGCUCUUCAGGAAAUCAAAGUCACAGGCCUACGCCAUGAUGCUGUCUCUAGCUGAAAAGGACUCUCUCCACCCCGCCACCCACACGCCGGCCUCUAUGUGGCACAGUCUGGCUCGAGCUGCUGCUGAAUCCACUGCCCUCCAGUCCCUCAGCCAUGUAUGAUGACACCUGCUUUUCACAUUUGACGUCUCCUACACACUGACUCAAGGAACUCUCAAUGUCUUUGGAGUGACUGCUAAGCAGAAUCAUGGCCCUUCUGACUGCUGAGUGGAGCACCUUGUACACAAUACAAGGUCUUUCCAGACCCCAGCCCAGAAAACCUCAAAAUAUCCCUCUGAGACCUUAAAAUGGAUUUCCUAGUUUGGCACCUACCAUGGUGGAAAUAAUAAAUCUAAAGUAAUAAUAGUCAUAUUUAUUCUCUUCAUUUGCACACCAAAGGCAGCUGGUGGACAUGGAAGAUGUGCUGAUGUAUCUUUGAUAGACUGCAUUCACUGCCCGGUUCACACAAAGCAGGGUGAACAUUUUGGAAGUUGCUUGUGUCUCAAAGGCAAGUAUCUUAAACUGUCUUUAAUGACAUCAUGUAUAUUCAAACUCUAUUGCAAUUCAAACCCCUGGGGUCCACAUGUAUUGCGUGUAAAAAUAAAUGCACUUGAUGUAAUGAAGGGUGGUAACAACUUUGGUUUCAAAUGACUCGGUGUCAUAAAAGUUCUAAAAUAAGUCAAUCAUUGGGCUGUACAAAAUUGUCUACCAACCAUUCUGUACUAUGUUCCAGCCUGCCCGUCUGCGCUAUCUGUGAAAGGUUAUAAAUAGUCAUUUUCGUGGAUGAAAAGAAAACACGUUAUUGUUUUUUUUACCGAGAUAAGUAGCCAGUGCUGAAGUUAAAUGUUCUAUAAAUGGCAUUUGUCUUUUUCCACAACAUUGAUUCCAUUCUAGUCAGCCAACAAUACCACUAAAUAGCUUGAAUGCUAGUUGUUAACUACUCCAUUCUUGUCUUUCAGUCAUUUUAGACAAUCAUGAUUUUGUUGGAAUUCUUUUUUUGAUGUUGUCUGUGUUGUUGGUGUUGUUGUUUGUUGUCGUAUGUUGAUAAUUGUAUUUAUUUCUUGGCAAACUGUAGUUUGUUUACUGAAUAGCACUGCUCUAAGCCCGGGUGAUGGCAGAUUCCUUUCCCGGCCUAUCGCAGACUUCGAUGGAGUUUGUAGAUUCUGUUGGAGAGCCAGAUAGUAUUAAACAUACAACUCUUAUUCUUUUAAUGGAACUGGUUGAAGAAUAGAUUAGAUUUUUUUAAUGACAAUUUCAUGAUUAAAUUGUAAAAAAAAAAAAUAGGAUAAAAUAAAACGAGAAAAAAAGUGUACAGAAUGAAAUCAUUAAAAGACAAAACAACCCAGGUAUCAUUUGUUCAUAAGCGCAUGGUUGGUCUGCUAAGAUUUGUGUUGACAUUUUCUACAGUUGUCUGCAAGCUUGUGUGACGUUCAGUUCAUGUUAAACCCUCGUGCCAAACUUAAAAAAAGUAAAACAGACUGCUCUUAUGUAUUCUCCCCUUUUGAGGGACCACAUUUUUGUUUUUGUCGUUGUUUAUAAUCAAUUUUAAAAAGUAAUCAGCAAGUUGAGGUACUUUUAUUUUAAUGCUUUUUACAAUGUAACUGUUAUGCAUUUCAAUUCAAAUAAUGUGGGAGGAGCAACUAAAUAAAGGACUACAAUGUGGA